AUGUGCAGCCGUGAUGACUCGAGCAACCAGAGGAGAAAGGUACUGAAGGAAAUCUCUGUUGGCGAAUUAAAUCCAAAUGAGACCGUGCAGGCCAAUAUGGAAGCUCAGCUCCUCUCCAGGCUCCAUCAUCCGGCCAUUGUCAGAUUCCAUGCAAGCUUUGUGGAGCAGGAGACUUUUUGCAUUAUCACGGAAUACUGUGAGGGCCGAGAUCUGGACUAUAAAAUUCAGGAAUAUAAAGAAGCUGGGAAAGUCUUCCCUGAAAACCAGAUAGUAGAAUGGUUUAUCCAGUUGCUGCUUGGAGUUGAUUAUAUGCAUGAGAGGAGGAUACUUCAUCGAGACUUGAAAUCAAAGAAUAUAUUUCUGAAAAAUAAUCUACUCAAAAUCGGGGAUUUUGGAGUUUCUCGGCUGCUAAUGGGUUCAUGUGAGCUGGCUACAACUCUAACCGGAACCCCCCAUUAUAUGAGUCCCGAGGCCCUGAAACACCAAGGCUAUGAUGCCAAGUCUGACAUCUGGUCACUGGCAUGUAUUUUAUAUGAGAUGUGUUGCAUGGAUCAUGCGUUUGCUGGCUCCAGUUUCUUGUCUGUGGUUUUGAAUAUUGUUGAAGGUCGCACACCUUCACUCCCUGACAGAUAUCCACGAGAACUGAACACCAUCAUGGAAUGCAUGUUGAACAAGAGUCCUUCAUUGAGACCAUCGGCUGCAGACAUUUUAAAAGCCCCUUACAUGGAAGAACAGCUUCAGCUCCUGAUGUGUAAAUAUCCAGAGAUGACACUGGAAGACAAGAACUCCGUUUGUCAGAGGGAGGCUGCUCAUACGAUUAAUGCCUUGCAGAAAAAGAUUCACUUGCAGACUCUGCAAGCCUUGUCUGACGCUCAGAGAAUGACUCCCAGAGAAUUAUUGAUGCAGCUGAGGAAGCUGCAGGUAGCCAGUGAGAGAGCCAGGAGGCUGAAAAAGAUUGCUGGAGAAAACUAUAAAGAAAAUGACAAACGAAUGCAGGCCCUGAGAUCCCAGAACGUGGGGUCUGUGCGUGCCCACAUGCUCCACGAACUACAUGAACAGACUUUGGAGAACCUGCCUGAAACUCAGUCCCUUCCGUGCCUGGACCUCGAUGAACUUGAGCCCAGUUUAGCGGACACCAUUGUUGACCUCGAACAUUAUGAGAUCCCAGAAGACCCACUGGUUGCUGAACAAUAUUAUUCCGAUGUCUUUGAUUCCUGUUCUGAAGACAGUGAGGAGCAGGAGGAAGACGUGAUAUUCUCAGAAGCAGGGGGAGACAUGAAAGAGGAGGAAUCCCCUUCUGUGUACAGAACAAACCAACAGGACAGUGAUACUGCCGCGUUGGUUGGAUGUUUGGAACAUGUCCUGGGUUACACCUCUCUAGACACAAAGACCAUUACCAAUGCAGUGACAGAUAUGUCUCCUGGACCAACGGUUUUCAACAGUACAGUGGCUAGGACCAAAAUGAAGCGCAUGAAGGAAUCGGCUGUACAGAAGCUAGGAAUGGAAACGUUUGAGGAGGUCUACGAUUACCUCAAGAGAGCAAGGCAUCAGAAUGCAGGAGAAGCAGAGAUCUGGGGGCAUCUGGAGACGGUGGUUCCUCGGGCCAGUGACUGCUUUGAAAUUGACCAACUCCUCUAUUUUGAGGAGUUGCUGCUGACCAUGGAAGGAAAAGAACCCUCUCUGCAAAACCUGCACUGUGAAGCUGCCCAGAAGAAGCCAGUCAAGGGCACACAUUUCUGUGAUGAUCCAUGA